AAUAUUUUAUUAUUAAUUCUUUUUAAAUUUUGCAAUUAUAAAAUGAAUUAAUAAUAAUGAUUAUUACUUUUUUUAAACUUUAAAUGUGGUAAAAGUAAAUGGAAAAUACGUAUUUUGAAUAAAUGAUGACGUCUUUGAUAAAUCAGAAAAUUGAUAAGAAAUAGAUUAAUUUUUUAAAAUAGAAGCACGUGACUGAAUUUUGAAUAGGAAUUUAUUUAAUUAAAAAAACAUAUAUAAUAUAUUUUGAAUACAGACAUGGGAGGAAAAAAUACUGGAAUUGAAUUUGAUAUCGGUUUAGCUACUAAACCUAUUAAUCAUUUGGCAAUAAAGCAACAAGCGCAUGCACUUUCUACAAGAAGAACUGUUAAAAAGAAUUAUGAAAUUGCGUGGCUACUAAAAGCAGUCACAUGUAUUGAUUUGACAACGUUAAAUAGUGAUGAUACUUUUUCCAAUGUUCAACGACUCUGUCAUAAGGCUGUAAAUCCUAUUUGUCACAAUGUGCUGAAAAAAAUUAAUAUGGAUAACAGAAAUAUAUCAGUUGCUGCUGUCUGUGUUUAUCCUGCAAGAGUACAUGAUGCUUAUGAAACAUUUAAAUCAUUAGGGAUAGAAAUUCCAAUUGCAUCAGUUGCAACAGGAUUUCCAAGUGGACAAUAUUUAUUAAAUACAAGACUAGAAGAAAUAAAAUCAGCCAUAGAUAAUGGUGCAUCAGAAAUAGAUGUAGUUAUUAAUCGUUCAUAUGCACUUACUGGGAAUUGGAAAGGAAUUUAUAAUGAGAUUAAACUAAUGAAAAAUGCUUGUGGAGAUGCUCAUUUAAAGACAAUUCUUGCUACAGGAGAACUGGGAACUUUUUCAAAUAUAUAUAUUGCAAGUAUGACUUGUAUGAUGGCUGGUAAGUUUUUAAUAGAUUUAAAAUAAAUUUUGUACUUGUUA